GAGCCAAAUGUUCGACUUACACCCAUGGAUGGCUCUCCAUUAGUUGAUCUUAUUCACUACAAAUAGUUAGUUGGAAGUUUGAUUUAUCUCACUACAACAUGACCAGACAUAACUUAUGCAGUUCAUGUUGUUAGUCAAUUUAUGCCUACACCUCACUUCACUCACCAUGCAGUAAUACUUCGCAUUAUUCGCUAUAUUAAAGCAAAAAGCAAACAGUUCCAUCAUGUUCUAGCACAGAGGCUGAAUAUUGAGCACUUGGAGACACCACAUCAGAGUUACUUAACUUACGUUGGCUACUGGAAGAUAUGGGUGUUCCUCAACCACCUGCUACUAAUCUUUAUUGUGACAAUUAGAGUGCCAUGUAGAUUGCUCAUAAUGAUGUCUUCCAUGGACACACUAAACACAUUAAGAUUGACUAUCACUUUGUUCACCAUCAUGUUGCACAAGGAAUUAUUCAUUUGGUUUUCAUUGGCUCCAUUGAUCAACCAGCAGACCUUUUCACCAAGGCUUAUUUUCCUAGACACUUUCAUACUCUUCUUUCCAAACUCAAGUUGAUUUUGUUGUACCUAUGAUUUUGAUGAUUACAAAACACAUUUGAGUGACUAAUUGGUUUAUUUAAGUGUGUAGUUAAGUUGCUAAAAGAUUGCAAGUAAACUUGGAUUGCACUAAAAAUAGACCAAAAGGAUUUAAAAUGUGCAGAGAGCCGGCUCUGGAAGCUACAGCCGGCUCUACGAGCAAAAAUUUGAAGACCGUUGUUUGGCGCGUGCGAAGAAAAGACGCAAAGCUGACUCCAACUUUGCAGCCGGCUGUGAGGGUGCAUUUAAUGCACAACGAUUGACUCUUUUGAAGAGUAUUUAAUGUAUUUAAAGUCGGAGUUCCAAAGUCGGCUUAAAGUUUUGCAGCCGGCUCUCGAGGAAAAUAGAAUGUGCAGGAAUCCCGCAAAGCCGGCUGUAGAAAUGGUGAGCCGACUGUUUAGAGCCGGCUCUAGGAAGUUAAGCCAGCUCUUCUGACAAUUCUGCAACUCGAGCUUUGUGUCCUACAGAGCAUUUAAUGACCCCCAACAGCUAGAAACGGCUAUUUUCAAGCAAAGGGCUAUAAAUAUGGUUGGUAACAGAUCUGAAGAAGUUUAGAGAGCAUUGUGUUGAAUAUCUUUACCUACCUACAUGAGCUUUAACUUGAGUUUUUGAUCUUUGAGAGAUCUUUGUUUGUAAUUCUCUUCUUGUGCUAUUAGUGAGUGAUCUUGGGGGUGUGUUGCUUCCUUCAAGAGUGAUCUGUAGAGAGGAUCUUUGAGGUUUAAGUGUAAAGGGGUGAUAUUUGAAAAAAACCCUUCUUCUUGU